GCUAGUACUUCCGGGUUCCCAUCAUGCAAUGUUCCUUAAAAAUGGCGUUCGAACCUUUUGAUAGCAACAAAUAAAUGUGUGUUAUUGCCACUAGCUUUUUUUUUAUUUGUACACUGGUUAAUUUAUUACAAUUAAAUAACGUUGCACUUACCAGCAGUUUUCAAUAUGCCGAAAUAUUACGAAGAUAAAGAGGAAGACAACACAGCAUGUGCCGGUGUCAAGGAGGAUUUUAAGUCAUGUCUCCUUCAACACGACUGCGUCAUUAAGGAGGGGAAGAUGCCCAGUGAAUGUCUGAAAGAAGGCCAUUGCAAAGCCCUGCAGACGUUGUUCUUUGAGUGCAAGAGAUCCAUGUUCAUCUUAUCUUUAUACAGCUUGACACAAGGUCAAGAUUCAGAGGAAGAAAAGGAUACUAAUGGCCCCAAAUGACGUCACAUGAGGUUGACCAACUGUUCUAGUGUGAUUCACCUUACUGAAUGAAAUGCACACAUUGGGUCGAAAAAAAGGACUGUCAGAUAUUUAAUAACACCCUGGAUUCUAACAUUGACAGCAAAUAAAGGGGGGGCUAUUUGCUGUGCUUGGUGAUCUUACAUCCUCGAUUGUAUUGGGAGAAAUGAUCAGUAUGAACAUAUGAAUGAGUGUUUUGGAACGUGCUGAAGCUACACUUUACUUUAAAAUAAAUUAUGCUGUUUUUUUUUUUUCAA